AUGGACGUGCUAUGGUCUAAAGAAAGAUUGCAAAAAAUAUUUAGUAAAGAUUCCCUUCGCUUAGCGGCAGUACAGGCGUCUGGAGAUGGCGCUGCACCAAUGCCAUGUUGUCGCUUAUGUGGUGGAGAUUAUAAUUUACACUGCUUCACUGAAAGCUAUAUGUGGGAAGGAGUGGAGGAAAGAUAUGAUCAGCUUUUGCUCGAUUGCUUUGGAGUUCAUGUUCUUCCUGAUUGCAUGAUUUGUGAGCGCUGCAUCCGUCAACUUCGAAGUACUCAGCGUUUUAGGGCACUUGUUUAUUCAGCAUUUGCCAGACCGCCGAGCGAAUGUUCAGCAAACAGAUCCCAAAUGGAAGUAGACGAAGGUUUCCAGCAGCUAAGAGUAAAAAACACGGAACCUUCGAAGGUGAAUCUAUACAAGAAGUCGACUAGAACGACCAUAGACAAUGUAAAUAGAAAAACAAAGAGCAUAGAUCGAAAAUCUGCUUUCAACUCCAAUACUCAGAUAAGGAGGAUGAAUAUAUCUUGCACGGUUUGCAAGCAGAGGUAUCCGAUGGUGGUGCCUUAUGAUGGGGUGAAGAAAUUCGUUUGUUCGCGUUGCAAGAAAAACAGCGAGCCUCGGAAUAUAUGUAGGAAGUGUAAUGUUAUUCUACCAGCGACUAUGAUGAAGGACCAUAUGGAAUUGCACGACCGCGCGGAUUUGAGAGGCAAGAGCAGGCUCUUCAGCCUGCCAAAAAAGGCGUCGCAAAUCACGAAAAGAGACAUAUUCGAGAGGCGGAAAUAUUACUGCAGCCAAUGCGAUAAGAAAUUCACAGUCGCCCAACAUCUAGCACACCAUGUUAGCACAGUGCACAAGCACAGUCUAGACUGUCUCUGUGCUGUGUGCGGCAAGGAUUUGAAGACCCGGGACCUGUUAGACCGGCAUAUGCGCAUGCACACUGGCCAGCCGAUAUACCAAUGCGAUGUAUGCAUGCGCGUCUUCAAAGGAAAGCGCGCAUUCCAAACCCACUAUUUGACGCACGGAAAAUAA